CAGGAGAUUGUGAAAGGAUCUGAAUGGAGGACAUGGCAUCAGGAAACUAUUGCACAGUGACUGAGUUCUUCUUGGCUGGGCUCACAGAGAAGCCAGAACUCCAGCUGCCACUCUUCCUCCUCUUUAUAGGAAUUUAUAUGAUCACUGUAGCAGGGAAUCUGGGAAUGAUCAUACUUAUUGGGCUCAGUUCCAACCUCCACACACCCAUGUACUAUUUUCUCAGCAGUCUGUCCUUUAUUGACUUCUGUCAGUCCACAGUUGUUACCCCUAAAAUGCUGGUGAACUUUGUGACAGAGAAGAACAUCAUCUCCUACCCUGGAUGCAUGACUCAACUCUACUUCUUCCUCAUUUUUGCAAUUGCAGAGUGUUACAUUUUAGCUGCAAUGGCAUAUGACCGAUAUGUUGCCAUCUGUAACCCAUUGCUUUAUAAUGUAACCAUGUCCUAUCAAAUUUACAUUUCCCUAAUUUCAGGAGUGUACAUUAUUGGUGUGAUCUGUGCAUCAGCUCACACAGGCUUCAUGGUUAGAAUUCGAUUCUGCAAGUUAGAUGUGAUCAACCACUAUUUCUGUGACCUUCUUCCCCUCUUGAAGCUUGCAUGCUCUAAUACCUUUAUCAACGAAAUGUUGAUUCUAUUUUUUGGGACACUGAAUAUCUUUGUCCCAAUCCUGACCAUUAUUACUUCCUACAUCUUCAUUAUUGCCAGCAUCCUCCGCAUUCGCUCCACUGAGGGCAGGUCCAAAGCCUUCAGUACUUGCAGUUCGCACAUCUUGGCUGUUGCUGUCUUCUUUGGAUCUUUAGCAUUUAUGUACCUUCAGCCAUCAUCAGUCAACUCCAUGGAUCAAGGGAAAGUGUCCUCUGUGUUUUAUACCAUUGUUGUGCCCAUGCUGAACCCUUUGAUCUAUAGUCUUAGGAAUAAAGAUGUUGCUGUUGCCUUGAAAAAAAUAAUUGAAAGAAAAACAUUUAUGUAGUUAGAAAUAAUGUGAGGAUUAUUUAUUAGAGCAAGAUUUUCCAUAAACACAUAGUUUGAACUGACAUUAUUCAUUUUAAUCUACUUGUCAAUUUUAUCACUCA